AAGGCGCCGACCAAGUUUAGAAGAAACGGAGAAAUGGAAAAAGACACUUUUAACAAAUACGAACACUAAUACACCUCCAAAUAUCACUGAAGUAACUCACGAAGAGGAUGAGGUUAACGGAAAAAAGCUUCCGAAAACAGGUGUUGAUGUAAAAGCAAUAGUCAGUUUAAUUGACAGUGGCAGUACUGAAUCUUUAAGUUCGUUACAUACUCGUGGAAACGCUAAUUAA